AUGUUGGACAGAGCUAUUGCUUUCCUUUUCCUCCACUUUGUCAUGUGUUCCCGUUCUUCUCCUCUCUAUCCACCACUCAGAUAUAAUCCAAUAUCCAUUUCUGGCAAAGCAGGGAGCUUUCAACUACAAGAAAUUAGUCCUGUACAUAGCCACAAUCUUUCAGUAGAAGAACAUGUAGAGAACUUUCUCAGCCCCGUUGACAAAAGACUCCAGCGUCAUGCAGAUGCCAUAUUCACCGACAGUUACCGGAAGGUCCGAGGAAAGGUAUCAGCACGGAAAUUAUUACAGGGCAUAAUUGGGAAAAGAUUUAAGAAAGAAAGCCUGGGAGAUGAGCUACAUGAAAUCUUGACUAGGCGCCAGUCUGAUAGCAUUAUGAUGGAUAGUCACUAUUAUCAAGAGAUGGUACUUAGGAAUUUCUUGGGAGCAAUGUUACAGAAUCAAGGACUUCAGUAUGUUGAUAAUGACAAUUUAGAAGAUUUUACCAGUGUUCUGAUCAAAGUGAUGGAACUGUAGACUGACUUCAUCCCUUCCCUUUCUCAUUUUGGUCACUGCAGUUCUCAGGAUUGGCAUAAACUGCAGGAAUGUGUGUGUGUGUGUGUGUAAGGCUUCUAAAGCUGUGGAAAGAAAUGAACAGGACACCUAACUGAUAACCAAUAUUACUGAAAUCUCCUUCUAUAAACAUAGGACAAAAAUUGAAAGCAAAUGUUUAUAUGUGGAAUUGUUUCCUGUUUAAUUUAUGCCAGAUAAGAAUGCUUAUUGUAUAGUAGCCUCAUUUCAGUUUGAAAAAUAAACGGCCGCUGUAGAAAAAUGCUAUCUCCAAAUUAUUUUAUUCUACUAAGACUCCAUAAUCAACCAUGCCAUUGAGUUGUCUGACAUAAUGAAAACAUGGGGAUUGUACUGUGAGUUUAAAUUGAGAAGUGCUGAAUGGAAAGCAUUCAUUGACUUCUGGUUUCAGCACCAUGGAGAGUUUUUGAUUGCUAUGCAGUCUUGAUAGUGUGUAAAGAAUUUGUCAGAGGUUUUCUGAUUCUUCAAAGUGUAUUUUAACUGCUUUUUAUCAUCCAAAAUUUUCUUGCAUUUUCACACAAAAUAUGGAAAUGCUCUUCUAUAACUACUUGAAGCAUAAGCUUGACAAUGUUUGCUUUAGAGAAUCACAAUAUAAUAAAAGAAAUUGCAAUUGGCUAGACCUUUUGUCUUAUUCUCUUUAUUUCAUUGAGGAGGUGGUAGAAAAAGAUUUUAAAAAAUGUCAAGUUGGGAGCCCAUCUGUUUCUAAAGUUCUUACUGAUUGACAAGGCGGUUGUACCACAAAUCAAAGUACUUACACAUUCAAGCAAACACAACAUGUGGGGGAUUUUUCUUCUUAAAAAAAAA